UAGAAAUUCCUCUUAAGCUAGGUUAUAUUAAAGAAAGAAAAAUAAGAGUAGCAACUAGCAGCACCUGCACUGCACACAAUAUGCAGAGAUAGAUAAAAGUAGUCAUUUGGGGUCAGUGCAUUUUCUCAAAGUCCGUUAAGGCUAGAGGUCAGAUUUUGCUGUUGAAAUUCUCGACAAACAGACAACAAAGUCAGAGUCCCAGUUUCCGCAAUGAGACGAAAAACCAACACAUUCUCUCUUCUUUUUUCAUUCUUUCUCAACCUUUGCUUUUUGUUUACCAUGGUUUCCUGCAAAGGCAGGCCUUGAUCCAAUACAACACAACGCUGCCUCUCUUUUUGCCCCUUACAACUUUUUCCCUUUUGAGAAAACGCGUGCCCAAUUUGCUGUGAUCACGUCACUCCCUCUAUUCCAUUAACUUCCCUUAUUCAUUUCAUUUUCAACCUCCUUCUAAACUCCUAGCUUAUACAAUCAUAGUAACUAAUUAACUUGUCUCGGUUUAGUAUACUAAUAAUACUAAUCCCCCUGAAAAAGUUGUUUUUGGUUGUUUUAUACAUGUCAUUAAGUAUAUUAAGUACUGCUUAACCUUAUCUGUCUCAUUAUCUUUGAAUAUACAUACAUACAGUACAUAAUAAUUAAUAGUAAUGUGGGAAUGUGGAACCCCGUUCCUUGAUGAAUCAUUCCCACCAUUCACCAACACAAGACAACAUCAUUAGCACAAGCCUCUACCUGUCCCGUUUCUCACACAAACUGAUAGAGGGCUAGCUAUUCUAAGCUCCAUCCAUCUCUCUCAUUUUCUUUAUAAAUUUAUCAAAACCAAACCAAACCCUCCUCAUGAUUUAGUUUCUCUCUCUCUUCCUCUUCCAAACUCCUCAUCAUUGUUUCUGAAAUCAUGGGGUUUUGUUUGUAACACGCGCUUAAUAUUUAUUUCUUUUAAUUUUUCUGAUUAACUCUGCACCAGCAGUAAUUGGUAUGAUGGAGUCAAUGGAGUCAUGUGUCCCACCUGGUUUUCGGUUCCACCCAACAGAUGAAGAGCUUGUUGGUUAUUAUCUCAGAAAGAAAAUAGCUUCUCAGAAGAUUGACCUUGAUGUUAUCAGAGAGAUAGAUCUAUACCGUAUUGAACCAUGGGAUCUCAUAGAGAGAUGCAGGAUUGGGUAUGAAGAGCAGAGUGAAUGGUAUUUUUUCAGCCACAAGGACAAGAAGUAUCCAACAGGGACAAGAACUAACAGAGCUACCAUGGCUGGGUUCUGGAAGGCAACAGGAAGAGACAAGGCAGUGUAUGACAAGAUGAAAUUGAUUGGAAUGAGGAAGACACUUGUUUUCUACAAAGGAAGAGCACCUAAUGGACAGAAAACUGACUGGAUCAUGCAUGAGUACAGGCUUGAAACUGAUGAAAAUGGACCUCCACAGGAAGAAGGGUGGGUUGUGUGCAGGGCAUUCAAGAAAAAAACUACCAACAGCCAAACAAAGACCAUGGAAGGAUGGGAUUCAAGCUACUUCUAUGAUGAAGCAAGUGUGGUAAGCUCAGUGGUGGAUCCACUUGAUCUCAUCUCAAGGCAACCUCCUCAAAGAUUUUUAGCUCAAAGUUUCAUGUGCAAGCAAGAGAUAGAAGCAGAAAACUUGAGACAUCACAUGAAUCCAGAACAAUUUAUACAGCUUCCUCAGCUAGAAAGCCCAUCAGUGCCAUUAAUGAAGAGGCCAAGCACAGUAGUGUCUCUUGUAUCAGACAACAACAAUGAAGAUCAUGAUGAUCAAAACAGGUUAUUAUUAUCCAACAAGAAAGUGACUGAUUGGAGAGAUCUUGACAAGUUUGUGGCUUCUCAACUGAGUCAAGAAACUGAAGGACUUCCAAGCUUUGAAAACCAUGGUGGCUCAGACAUGGCAUUGUUUGAAGGAACCAAGCUAAGCCCGUUUCUAAGUACAAGCUCAGACUGUGAUAUUGGGAUAUGCGUGUUUGAAAAAUGAAGAAGUUAACAAAUGCAUGGAGUUGGAAACCACAUUUUGUUUGUAGUACCAAAUAUUAUAAAUGUUCUAUUAUAUGGAUCAAUGCUGAGACAUAACUAUAUAUAUUUUUGUAAAAAUAUAUAUGUGUGUGGAAGAAUUAAAAUCUCUCUGGCCUUCUGCAGCUGAGUGAUAUGUGUGCAAAUUGAGAUGCAUGCGUAAGAUGGCUCUGGAAUCUAGAUAUAGAGUUUUAUUUUUUAUGUUAUCAUAAGCUGCAGGUUAGUGCUGUGUUGUCAAAAAAUGAGUCGUCUAGGCUCGUGCCUGAUUUGGGGAAGAGAUGGCAUGUAGCUGUGCCUGAAGACAGUGUGAUCCUCCAUUCCACACCAUAUUCUUCUUCUGUUAUUCCAAAAUGAAUGCAUGUAUUCUUGGUUAGAACAAAAAACCUAGCUACCUCCUAUCUAUGUGCUCUUCUCUUUAAGCAUGUUAUAAAUUUGUUCUGCAUUAAACUUUCUUCA